GUUUCCUUGUACUCAUUGUCUUGUUGACGAUUCUGAAAAUACAGAAAUUACAUAUACAUUUUUGUAAGUAUCAUUAAUUUCAUCUGGGCUUUUCUUCAAUUAUGGGUUUGUGGGAUUCUCUUCUCAACUGGCUCCGGAGGUGAGAAGUUUGUUGAAACCAUUGCAUAUGUACUUAUGUACUUAUAGGAAAACUACUAACAAAAAGUGAAACUCAUAUAUUAAAUUGAUGAAUUCUACCCAAGCACUUGUGAAGUCAUUUCUAGACAGUCCAUUUACAAUCAAGUCAAAGUCUCAAGCGAUCCAGCUUCAUGCACAAAUCAUCAAAACAUCCGCACACCCCAUUUUGUUUGCUUCAAGAAUAUCAACCCUUCUUUCAAUUUACUCUAAUUUCAAUUUGUUACAUGAAUCUGUACAUGUUUUUAACACCCUUCAUGUCCCGCCACCUGUUCGUGCUUGGAAAUCACUCAUUAAAACCUAUGCUUCAAAUGGAUGUUUUGUAAAAUCUUUGGCUUGUUUCGUUCAAAUGAGAGGUUUUGGGAUUAGCCCAGAUCAUAAUAUGUUCCCUUCAGUGUUAAAGUCAUGCACUUCUUUAAAGGAUUUGAGAGUAGGUGAGUGUGUUCAUGGGUGUAUUAUAAGGUCUGGGAUGGAGUUUGAUCUUUAUACUGGAAAUGCACUUAUGAAUAUGUAUUCUAAAUUGUGGAGUUUGGUGGGUUGUUGUGGGCCUGAGAGUAAGGGUCACCAUGUGUUUGAUAAAAGGCUUGAGAGAGGGGAAAUGUAUCGAAAUGGUGGUGGUUUAGAUUGGAAUGAUGGGAAGUUGUUUACGAGGAGUGAUAUAGUAAUUGAUGGAGUUAGAAAAUUGUUUGAAGUGAUGCCUGUUAGGGAUAUUGUUUCUUGGAACACCGUGAUUGCAGGGUAUGCUCAAAAUGGAAUGUUUGGCGAAGCUUUACGAAUGCUUAGGGAGAUGGGGAAUGCUAAUUUAAAGCCUGAUGUUUUUACGCUAUCUAGUGUACUUCCUAUUUUUGCUGAAUAUGUGGAUGUUUUGAGAGGGAAGGAGAUUCAUGGAUAUGUCAUAAGGCAUGGGUUUGGUGAGGAUGUUUUUAUUGGCAGUAGCUUGAUUGACAUGUAUGCAAAUUGUAUGAGGACACAAGAUUCGAAUAGCGUAUUCCGUUUGCUGCCUUAUAAAGAUUAUGUAUCCUGGAACAGUGUUAUCGCAGGUUGUGUGCAAAAUGGUUUAUUCGAUGAAGGCUUGACCUUGUUCAGGCAGAUGGUGAUAGCUGAAAUCAAGCCCGUGGAAGUUUCUUUUUCAAGUAUCAUACCUGCAUGUGCUCACUUGACACUACUUUUGGGAAGACAACUUCAUGGCUACAUAUUAAGGGGUGGUUUUGAUGACAAUGUUUUUAUAGCAAGCUCCCUGGUAGACAUGUACGCAAAGUGUGGGAAUAUAAGGAUUGCUAGAUUGAUUUUUGAUGAUAUAGAAAGACCAGACAUGGUGGCAUGGACAGCUAUGAUAAUGGGUUAUGCCUUACACGGGCAUCCUCGUGAUGCAAUUUCCUCUUUUGAGCAGAUGGUUUUGGAUGGAGUGAAACCCAGUGAUGUGGUAUUCUUGGCUGUUCUCACUGCGUGUAGCCAUGGUGGAAUGGUAGAUGAAGCUUUGAAAUAUUUCAGCAUUAUGACCCAAGAAUAUGGAAUUUCUCCCUGUUUGGAGCAUUAUGCUGCUAUAUCGGACCUUUUAGCCCGAGCUGGAAAAUUGGAGGAAGCCUACAAGUUUAUCUCUAACAUGCAAAUUAAGCAAACCGGAAGUAUCUGGUUAACUUUGUUGACUGCAUGUAGAUCUAGCAACAACAUUGAACUAGCCGAAAAGAUUUCCAAGAAAAUAGUUGCGUUAGAUCCCAAGAAUAUGGGUGCAUAUGUUCUCUUAUCUAAUACCUAUUCUGCCUCUGAGAGAUGGAGAGAUGCAGCGAAUUUGCGUUCCAAUAUGCGAAACAAAGGCUUGAAAAAGAAGGCAGCUUCUAGCUGGAUUGAAGGCAGCUUCUAGCUAGCAGACAUGUCUAAUAUCAGAUGUGACAAGUUACAAAUUGGUGGUUAAUAGAGAAGUAAAACGCUUAGUCACUGCUUUAACAGGGCUCCAAUCUGGUGUCAUGAUUAGGGUGUUGUUCAGGAAAGGGGAUAUAGCUGUGUUGAAGUAUGGUACUCGGGAAAGUACUCAA